AUGGGGGGACACAUCAUUUCGCAAGCCCUACGAGACAAGGGAAAACGGGUGGGCUGGGGGAAAAAGAGCAAAGACUACAAAGACAAAGAGGAAGAAGAAGAGGAAGAAGAGGAGCAAGGGGACAGAGAGAAGAAAAAGACGCCAAAAUGA